AUGCUCAGAAGAACCGUACAAAUCCGUUCACAGUUCAAAUAUUCGUUUCCGUUUCGCCGGAAUCCCUAUUCAACCGCUGCGGCUCCACUCCCGGAAACCUCAACAGAAGAACCCAUCAUCAAACCCCUGACCGAAACCCAGCUCAAGUCGCUCGUCCUCUCAAAUUGCUCCUAUGGCAAGUUCUAUAAUCUCAUCCACAACGUUGUGGCCCUGCCGCAGGUCCUUCUCGCCGCUUCCCGGAAUCUCAUCACCUGCGGCGACGGGUCAUGUGCGGCCGCCGAAACUUCCAUCCACCGAUUGGUCUCCAAGCGCUUCUCAAUCGAGGACAUGGGUCGCGAGGUUUACGAGGCUCGGCUGAACAUCGAGUCUCAUUGCGUCAAGUUCGCGGGUAAAGACGACUGCUUGAUCCUGCCUGAUUUGAAAUUGAAGGUUUUGAUUGAAGCUGUUAGGAUGGUGCUGGAGAUUGUUUAUGACGAUCGAUUCCUUACGUUUUCCUAUGGUGGGCGGGUGAAUAUGGGCCGGCACACAGCGAUAAGGUACUUGAAGAACUCGGUUGAAAACCCUAGUUGGUGGUUUAGAGUUCAAUUAGAACGUCAGGAGUUUGAUAGUAGAAAUGUGGAGAUGUUGUGUUUGAUUUUGGAAGACAAGGUGAAAGACAAGAACUUGAUUGGUUUGAUAAAGAGAUUGUUUGAUUCUGGAGUGCUUAGAAUUGAACUAGGUGGGUUGUAUUUGGGUAGGGGGUUUCCUCAAGAAUGCGGGUUGUGCUCGAUUCUGAUUAAUGUGUACUUCAAUGGAUUCGAUAGAGAAAUUCAAGAUACGAGGCUGCAACUGAAUCGGGAGAAUCCUAGAAGAAUCAAUGUUGAUGACAGUAGUCAAAUGUCAAGUCCUUUAUACAAGCCGGUGAGGAUGUAUGCAGUGAGGUACUUAGAUGAGAUACUAGUUAUUGCAUCAGGACCAAAGAAGUUAGCAAUAGGUCUGAAGAGUAGAUUUUUGAAGAGUUUAGAGAGUGACUUGAAGCUAAAAGUGAAUAAAGGGAGGACAAUUGUUCAUAGUGCAGUUUUUGAGAAGAUGUGUUUUAUGGGAUUUGAAUUGCAGGCUGUGAAACCAUCAGUCUUACACCCACCCAUGUCGGAAAAGGCAAUUAGAGCUAGGAAGAAGUAUCUACGCCAGAAGGAAGUUCGGGCUUUGGAACUGAAAAAUGCCCGGGAGAGAAAUAGGAAGAAAUUGGGUUUGAAGAUUUUGAGACAUGUUGUCAAGAAGGCAAAGCUGAGUAAUGGUUUCAAACUUGAUAAUCCAAUAGACAAUGAAGUUCAGCAAGUAUUUGCAACUUGGGCUAAUGAAGCUGUUCAUGACUUCCUUGGCUCCCUGGAAGAGCGGUGGAAUUGGCAUCGGUUGCUUACUACUGGCGAUUUCCUUAAUCUGAGACACAUUAGGGACAUGUUGCCACAAGAACUCAUUGAAUCCUAUGACAAGUUCCAAAAACAGGUAGAGAAGUACUUGUCUCCUGUUAAGGCGAGAAAAGCACUCGAGGAUGAAGAAAGGAGAAGUGAAGAAGCAUAUGAAAGAAAAUAUGCUGAAAGAACAAUUAAAGACCUAACUAAGUUGUCCAUGAAAGUAUCUGCUCCUAUUGAAUUGGUGAGAGAAGCUGUUAGGUUGGCUGGAUUUACGAACGAUAUGGGUCGUCCAAGGCCUAUCAGCUGGCUAACUAGUCUUGAAGAUGCUGAUAUUAUCAAGUGGUACGCAGGGGUUGGAAGAAGAUGGCUUGAUUUCUUUUGCUGCUGUCACAACUUCGAAAUGGUGAAGACCAUUGUAACCUAUCACCUAAGAUUUUCUUGUAUACUCACAUUAGCAGAAAAACAUGAAGCAACAAAGCGUGAGACAAUGAAACAUUACACCAAGAAUUUGAGAGUUUCUUACAUGGAAGAGAAUGACGAGUUGCACUUUCCUACUGAGAAGGAAGUGAAGAUGUUGGGGGACAAAAAUCUUUCAGAUCCUAAACCUGUGGACGGUGCUUUGUCUUUGGCGUUGAUUAGAUUGGCUUGUGAUGAGCCCUUAAGUAGUUGUGUAGCUCAUUUUUGUGAUAGAACAGAUACAAUUACUUACCGUGUAAGGUUGCUGCAAAAUCUGGUAUCUGCAAAUCCUGCCGAUGAGAAAAAGUGGGUCACUGGGAUGGGUGCAAUACAUGACAGCCUGCAUCGGAUAUGUCUUCCUCUUUGCCCUGAUCACAUAAGCAACUUAUACACUGGGAAAAUUAGCCUUCAGGACAUUGACUGCUGUUCGUUUGUGCAUGUGGACUGA